UUAUUAUAUUUGUUUCAUGUUAUGUUUGUAUCAGCAUUAGUCUUGGUAGUAACGUUUCAGCGGGUCAAGCAGGUUUUAAUAGUUGUACUGGAUGCUCAAUCCGCCAACCCGGAAGAAUUUCGGCGUGCGCCGGUCUUAAAUUAAAAGAGGACUCCAAUCUGCAAGGAACAAGACAUUCUCACAAAAUUUGCUCUAAUUAGCUGGUAACUGUUGCACAUGCGUUUAUCAUGGCGUUUAAUUUUACUCACCAAAUAAUUAGAUUGUUUUGUGGGAAAGCGCAAUUUAAUCGUAAUCUUCUUUAACUACAAAUCCCAUAACUCACCUGUUCGUUGCCUUGGAAACGGGUUGUUGUGUCUCGGACAGGUGACUGUGGCUUCAUCAAUACGAGGUUUUGUAAACAACCUUAUAUUGCGGUGAAUGGAUAUUUUGCAGGUGUGAAUAUGUAUGGAGCGCCUGUGGAUUUAUCUUUUAAACACAUCUGCAAUUUGGCAGAUGCAUGGACAGAGGAGCCCAGCAGUGGCCUACGGCCUUUAAAGAGAAAUUCAGAGAUGAAGUACCAAAGCCGCUCUCUGCGCCUCAAUAACAACAAUAUCAGCAGCCUUAGUGACCUCCAGAGCACUGUUAGCCACUUCCUGGCUGAGCCAUUACAGCUGGCCUGGCUGGACCUUUCAUUCAACAAGAUCACACACAUAGACCAUGUGUUAUGUGAGCUCCAUGAGCUGCGUGUGUUGUAUCUUCACGGUAACAACAUUUUUAUUCUGUCAGAGGUGGACAGGCUGGGAGUGCUGCCACAUCUACACACCAUAACUCUACAUGGAAAUGCCAUAGAAUCCAACAAAGCUUACAGGAAUCGUGUGAUUUCUGCUCUGCCUCGGUUAAAGGCAAUGGACUUCAGUGCUGUGACACGGCAGGAGAGAGUCAUGGCCAAGAUCUGGCAUCACAGCAAUGACCACACCAGAAGCAGCACAGACACUCUCAAGUGACUGAUGGUGAAAUCAUAGUUUUACCCAAAUGACCUGUGUUCCACAUCCACCGCUGAAAAAAAUAUCCUAUAUAUUUUGCCUGUAUAUAUGUGGAAAUAUCAGUAUUGUUUAUAUACAUAACAUAGGUGCAUGUAAGUUCUGUAAUACUUUUGCAAACAUGGGUGUGGGCUGUGCAUUAUUUGGACACUGUUGUGGAUUAUCUUAACUACUUCCCAAAUAUAUGCCUGUGAAAUAUUUAUUUAAUAAGACGCAAGUGUUUAUGUUGAAAGUUUUUAAUGAAUUAAUUAAACCCAAAAAAACAAAACAAAAACCAAAA